AAAAUGCAGAGGGAAUCGUAAAUCCAACGCUGCCGUCGGCGGAACAAGGUUCGCAAGAAUCACCCGCGUCAAAUGCCUCACGUUUUUCAUUACCAGUCAAUUUACCCAAGAUAGAUUUACCCAAGUUCGACGGACGGAUUGAAACUUGGGUUACAUUUAAAGACGCGUUCCAUACGUUAAUUCACACGCAACCGGGUCUUAGUGGGGUUCAAAAAUUACAUUAUCUAAAGCUUUCGUUGUCUGGACGAGCCGAAGACGCGAUUGCUGCAUUUACCAUUACUGAAGAAAAUUACGAGGCCGCGUGGAAGCAUCUCUGCGAAAUUUACGACAACAAACGGGUGCUCGUUUUGCGUCAUGCCGCCAUGUUGCGUGAUACCCCCGCGAUGUCUAACGAUUCAUCAGAAGCGAUUCGAGAUCUGGUGAAUCACAUGCAGCUGCACGUGCGAUCGCUACAAGCACUGGGCAGGUCGUGGGAAGAAAUGGCGAGCGAUCUUUUGUGUAGCGUCGUAAUUUCGAAGAUGGGAAAAGAGACGCGAAGGGCUUGGGAGCGUACCUUAUCGAACACCGAAGUCCCCGUUAUCGACGAUAUUUUUAAAUAUCUACACAACGCGUCCCAUCAGAGCAAGGACUACGCGGAUGAUGUUAAAUCGAGAGGAUAUCAUCAGCAACCGGAUCAUUUUAAACCGCGUCCAGCGCCAGCGCGUUCCUAUAAUUUUCCCGCGAGAACAAUGCCGUCGCAACCGAGGCAACAGACAUUCGUAACACAGAAAUCGGGUUCGCGAUCGCCGCCAACGUCACCGCGUUCACGAAGACGACAACCGCCGGUCAACGCGAGCACCGAAUCGUUUAACGUCCAGCCAUCGAGGUCCGUUUCAAAUGCGAAAUGCCGAAUAUGUUCAGGACAUCACGCGGAGUAUCAAUGUCCGACAUUUAGUGCUAUGGAAGUUCCGCAACGAAUCGAAGCCGCGAAGAACGCUCGACUUUGCCUCAAUUGCCUCAGAUCGGACCACGUAAUCGAGGAUUGCACUUUCGGGAAGUGUCGUGUGUGCAAACGAGCACACAACACUCAGUUGCAUCAGGACGCGCAACCGAACGGCGAAUCGAGAUCCUGA